UGUAUUUUCUGACAUUAGUGGAAACACAGACAAAAGAUGGGUCAGUCUGACGGUCGGUCCAGGAACGUCUCUACUGGGAAGAACAAUCAGAUCAUUCAACUCAUUUUUGAAAAGCUGUAAAAAAAACAAAAAACAAAUGAUGGAUGGACAUUAAGAAGUGAAUAUUGACCUGUUAUCUGUUUGCUUUCAGGCUGAUCUGAAGCUCUGGACCAGGACGGUUUGGUAGAAAACGAUGAUGGAACCAUUAAAGGAAAACAUUUCUUCACAUCAGUACUUCAUCUUCAGUGGCUUCAGUGAGCUUGGAGCUCUGAAAUCCUUCAUUUCGAUCCCCUUCCUGAUUCUGUUCUUUGUGUCUCUGUUUGCCAACUCCCUGCUGAUCUAUGUGGUCAUUUCACAGAGGAGCCUCCACUCCCCGAUGUACAUCCUCAUCGCCUGCAUGUCAUUUGUUGAUAUGUGCCUGCCACUGAUUCUCAUCCCCAACCUGUUGCUGAACAUCUUGUUCAACGCGAGCGGGAUCUCUCUGAGCGGCUGCCUGGUUCAGAUGUUUUUUGUUCAUUUCUCAGGAACGUGUCAGUCCACUCUGCUGCUCUGGAUGGCGUUGGACCGAUACUUUGCCAUCUGCAGGCCCCUUUCCUACCAUGAUCACAUGUCUCUACCCAGAUUCCUCAGGUUUGUGAUUCCUCUUCUGGUCAGGGAUGCGGUCAUGAUCGUGACGGUGGUGAUUCUGGCAGGUAAAGUGUUGUACUGCUUCAGGAAUGUGAUAAACCAUUGUGUCUGUGAACACAUGGCCUUGGUGGAGUUGGGCUGUGGCAGCACAGCCAUCAACAGUCUGGUUGGGUUAUUAGCAGUCUUCCUGGUCACUGUGUUUGAUUUCUUGUGCAUCACCGCUUCAUAUAUAAUCAUAUUCCGCUCUGUGCUGCGUUCAGGUAAAUCCAGUGCUAAAGCUGUACACACCUGCGUCACUCACAUCAUCGUCAUCGUCAUCAGUUUGACCUUCGCGCUCACGGCUUUCCUGUCGUAUCGGAUGAACAGUCUCCCAAGCGCUGGCCGCCUUUCUGUCAGCAUCUUGUGCCUGUUUCUGCCGAGCUGUUUCAACCCGAUCAUCUACGGCAUCAGAACCACCGAGAUCCGAAAACACAUCUGGAGGACGCUGUCGUCUCGCAGGCUGUGACUUACAGCUGAAAAACUGUUUCCAUUUUUUGGUUCCAUAUUGUUUAUGAAUAAAAAUGUUUCAAACAUUUGCUUGAUAAUAUUUUAGUUUUUAAGAGGAUUUUUCUUUAACAGUUCAAAAUACUGUGAUAUUUGUAAGGAAUCACUUUAAGUCUGAACUUUGAGCCCAGGCAGUCGCCACAUUUAUUGAUUUUAAACCUGAUUUGUUCUGAUCCAGCUGGUUCAUGGCUGAAUCGAACUUUAUUUAUCAACCAGCAAACCAGCACCUGGUCUGGAAACGUGAUCAGAACAAACUACGGUUCUGAACUGUAGAGUUAGAAACCAGAACAUGGAGCCUAUAGCAUCCUGCCUUCACACACACAAGAUCUUUAAGAAGACAUCGCCUUACUGGUGGUUCAGUAUUCACAGAUUUUUCUGUAACGUAACUCCAAAUUAUUUGCAUAAAAUUGAUCUUUUCAUGGACACACCUGAUGGUCCGAUAGACCUGGUUUUACUGGAACCAGAACAUGUGUUUCAUCUCCAGCUG